AUGGAGCAGCAGGGAGCAGUCCGGGUGACUAAUGUCCAUGAACGGAGGGAAAUCCUGACGGUGCGCUCUCUGCAGUGCUUCCCCGAGCUGUCUGUGUUGCAGGCUGUCUUCUCCGGACCGUUUCAUGAAUCUUUAAGCUGGGAAUGCACCAGAGCCCCUAGCGUCUUAUUCACCCCAGACCCCAGCGUCUUAUUCACCCCAGACCCCCAGCAUCUUAUUCACCCCAGACCCCCAGCUUCUUAUUCACCCCAGGCCCCUAGUGUCUUAUUCAACCCAGACCCCAGCGUCUUAUUCACCCCAGACCCCCAGCGUCUUAUUCACCCCAGGCCCCUAGCGUCUUAUUCACCCCAGGCCCCCAGCGUCUUAUUCACCCCAGACCCCCAGCGUCUUAUUCACCCCAGACCCCCAGCGUCUUAUUCACCCCAGACCCCCAGCGUCUUAUUCACCCCAGACCCCCAGCGUCCUAUUCACCCCAGGCCCCCAGCGUCUUAUUCACCCCAGACCCCCAGCGUCUUAUUCACCCCAGACCCCCAGCGUCCUAUUCACCCCAGACCCCCAGCUUCUUAUUCACCCCAGACCACCAGCAUCUUAUUCACCCCAGACCCCCAGCAUCUUAUUCACCCCAGACCCCCAGCGUCCUAUUCACCCCAGACCCCCAGCGUCUUAUUCACCCCAGACCCCCAGCGUCUUAUUCAGCCCAGGCCCCCAGCAUCUUAUUCACCCCAGACCCCCAGUGUCUUAUUAACCCCAGGCCCCCAGCGUCUUAUUCACCCCAGACCCCAGCAUCUUAUUCACCCCAGACCCCCAGCGUCUUAUUCACCCCAGACCCCAGCGUCUUAUUCACCCCAGACCCCCAGCGUCUUAUUAACCCCAGACCCCCAGUGUCUUAUUAACCCCAGAACCCCAGUGUCUUAUUCACCCCAGACCCCCAGCGUCUUAUUCACCCCAGACCCCAGUGUAUUAUUCACCCCAGACCCCCAGCGUCUUAUUCACCCCAGGCCCCCAGCGUCUUAUUCACCCCAGACCCCCAGCUUCUUAUUCCCCCAGACCCCCAGCGUCUUAUUCACCCCAGACCCCCAGCGUCUUAUUCACCCCAGACCCCCAGCUUCUUAUUCCCCCCAGACCCCCAGCGUCUUAUUCACCCCAGACCCCCAGCGUCUUAUUCACCCCAGACCCCCAGCGUCUUAUUCACCCCAGACCCCCAGCGUCUUAUUCACCCAGACCCCCAGCGUCUUAUUCACCCCAGACCCCCAGCGUCUUAUUCACCCCAGACCCCCAGCGUCUUAUUCACCCCAGACCCCCAGCGUCUUAUUCACCCCAGGCCCCCAGCGUCUUAUUCACCCCAGACCCCCAGCGUCUUAUUCACCCCAGACCCCCAGCGUCUCUUUUCACCCCAGACCCCCAGUGUUUUAUUCACCCCAGACCCCCAGCGUCUUAUUCACCCCAGACCCCAGCGUCUUAUUCACCCCAGACCCCCAGUGUUUUAUUCACCCCAGACCCCCAGCGUCUUAUUCACCCCAGACCCCCAGCGUCUUAUUCACCCCAGACCCCCAGCGUCUUAUUCACCCCAGGCCCCCAGCGUCUUAUUCACCCCAGACCCCCAGCGUCUUAUUCACCCCAGACCCCCAGCGUCUCUUUUCACCCCAGACCCCCAGUGUUUUAUUCACCCCAGACCCCCAGCGUCUUAUUCACCCCAGCGUCUUAUUCACCCCAGACCCCCAGCGUCUUAUUCACCCCAGACCCCCAGCGUCUCUUUUCACCCCAGACCCCCAGUGUUUUAUUCACCCCAGACCCCCAGCGUCUUAUUCACCCCAGACCCCAGCGUCUUAUUCACCCCAGACCCCCAGCGUCUUAUUCACCCCAGACCCCCAGCGUCUUAUUCACCCCAGACCCCCAGCGUCUUAUUCACCCCAGACCCCCAGCGUCUUAUUCACCCCAGGCCCCCAGCGUCUUAUUCACCCCAGACCCCCAGCGUCUUAUUCACCCCAGACCCCAGCGUCUUAUUCACCCCAGUCCCCCAGCGUCUUAUUCACCCCAGACCCCCAGCGUCUUAUUCACCCCAGCGUCUUAUUCACCCCAGACCCCCAGUGUCUUAUUCACCCCAGGCCCCCAGCGUCUUAUUCACCCCAGACCCCCAGCUUCUUAUUCCCCCCAGCGUCUUAUUCACCCCAGACCCCCAGCGUCUUAUUCACCCCAGACCCCAGCGUCUUAUUCACCCCAGACCCCCAGCGUCUUAUUCACCCCAGACCCCCAGCGUCUUAUUCACCCCAGACCCCCAGCGUCUUAUUCACCCCAGCGUCUUAUUCACCCCAGACCCCCAGCGUCUUAUUCACCCCAGGCCCCCAGCGUCUUAUUCACCCCAGACCCCCAGCGUCUUAUUCACCCCAGACCCCCAGUGUUUUAUUCACCCCAGACCCCCAGUCUAUUAUUCACCCCAGACCCCCAGUCUAUUAUUCACCCCAAAAGUACUAA